AUGCUGGUUAGUUUUUCACUCCUGGCAACGCUUCUCCUAAGCGAGUCGGGUUGUUUGGGCUCGUUCGUACCGUGCGAACCGUGUGACCAGAAGGCUAUGUCGAUGUGUCCGCCAGUGCCGGUGGGAUGCCAGCUGGUGAAGGAGCCUGGCUGUGGUUGCUGCCUGACUUGCGCGCUCCCCGAGGGCCAGUCGUGUGGGGUGUACACGGGGACUUGCACGCACGGGCUCCGAUGCCUGCCGAAGAGCGGGGAGGAGAAACCGCUGCACGCGCUCCUCCACGGGAGAGGAGUGUGCGCCAACGAGAAGAUGUACAAGCCGCUGCAUCCAGGCAGGGAUGGUUAUUCUCCAGAGGAAGCUAUGUUAGCAGAGGUUCCAGAGUCCCUGCUGCCCCAGGCCAAGGUGCCUCUGUACGGGGGCAGAGACCACAUCAGCAGCCGCAAGGCUCAGGCCAUGAGACAGGCUAAAGACCGCAAGAGACAGCAGGCCAAGCUCCACUCUGUCAGCAGCCUUGACUACUCAACCCUCGCCCUGGACAAACUGCAGCCUGAGUUUGGACCCUGCAGGAGAAAGCUGGACGGGAUCAUUCAGAGGAUGAAAAACACAUCUAGAGUCCUAGCUCUGUCCCUAUACCUUCCCAACUGUGACAAGAAGGGAUUCUUCAAGCACAAGCAGUGUAAACCAUCACGUGGGCGGAAGCGGGGGAUCUGUUGGUGUGUGGACCGUUUUGGCGUGCAGCUCCCUGGCACUGACUACAGUGGAGUGGACAUCCAGUGCAAAGACCCGGAGAGCAACAGCAACAAAAACGAAUGAGCGAUGGCCAAUUUGGUCACCUGACAUGAGCCAAGGCCCGCCUCCCUUUACCCCUACUCCUGCAAAUCACA